AUGGCUCAGUCUCCACAACCAACGAUGUUGGAACAGAUUCAAACGCCGUUGACUCCAAAGUCAAGCUAUACUAAUUACCAAGAACCCCCUCAGGAAAAGGUAAAUGUUAACAACCACCGUCAUGGUGGAAUUACGGUGGAGCUUCUUCCGGAGACGCCGCCGCCGCCACCGCCUCCGUCUACGUCGCAACUGCUUGUGACUACUUACCCUACACCUCCCAAGACGCCGAUGGAGAUGUACCGCCACAUUAAUGAAUACUACCAGAUGGCAGGGAUCAGUGAUGCUGAAAUUUAUCGGUUCAAGCGCCAAUUGAUGGAGAUGUUGAAGCAAGACUGUACUACUGCCGAACACCAUCUUGUCGAACUAAUCAAAGAUGAAACUACUCCCAUCCACGCCAUUGAAGCCGCGUGUGAUCAAAUCACCACCACCCCACUGGCGGAAUGGGAACGUGUGUUUUAUAAGGAAUUGGUGGCGGUGGUGGCCCGCCGCAACGACGAUCGGCUCACCCGAGUGUACAUGCAAUUUUUGCGCCGAUGGCCCCAACCGUACUACGCUCACCGAGAUAUGGUCCACCUCCGCGUCCACGCCGCCGUGCCUGAGUCUAUAGUAUUUUGUGAGUAG